AGCUAUUGCCUGGGUGGUAUUCCUGCAGCUGUUCCCAAACGGCGUGUGUCUGAGUUUCCCGCUGCCAUCCUGCGUGUGCUGGAAUAAGGCUCUUGUCUGUGCUACAGCAGGCAGGGCAGCGUGUGUGAACGGCAAUGUCUGUCUGGAGCAGCGACUAGGAGAGAGAAGUCAUCAGAAUUUACGGGCGGCAAGGAUUUGGAAACGUGGGGAAAUAUGUCUAAUGAACUUGAUUUUAGAUCUGUGCGUCUGAUGAAGAAUGACACCAUGAACUUCCAGAAAUUCCCCUACACCAAUGAAGACGAAGCCUGGAAAACCUACCUAGAGAACCCGCUGACCGCAGCCACCAAAGCUAUGAUGAGGGUGAAUGGAGAUGACGACAGUGUGGCUGCCCUGAGCCUCCUCUAUGACUACUACAUGGUCCCAAAGGAGAAGAGGAUUCUUCCAUCUGGAAUGAUGGGACGCAAUGAACUAGGAAAGAGGCACUGCCACGGAAUGGAGUACGACCCAGACAUCGCAUCCUUUGAUGGCUCAGCCCAUCUCAUGAAGCUCUUGUCUGAAAAUGUUUCCAUGACCCAAGAAUAUUGUGAGCCACAGAAGAAGAACGGCUUAAGUCUUGAAGGCAUUCCUACUCCUCACAAGCCAGUCAUGCUUCCACCAGGCACUAGCAAGCUGGAUGUCACCCCAGACAACUACAUGGUCCCUCCAGGGGAUGUAUACGACAACAGCUCAUUGAACUCCCUCUUCGAGACCAUCCCUGUAGCCCCACCACAGCAGAGGUGGCAGCCAGACAGCACUUUCAAAGAGGAUCCCCAGGAGUCGCUGCUCUUCAGUGAUAUCCUCAAACCCCAGCCAGAGCCACCUUGCCCUGAGACUUACGCUGCAGACGGUGUUAAGAGUGACUUUGAAUACACUCUGGGGUCACCCAAAGCCAUUCACAUCAAAUCUGGGGACUCUCCCAUGGCCUACCUCAACAAAGGACAGUUCUACCCCAUCACGCUGCGGACAGCUGGAGACAGCAAAUGUUUACACUUGUCCUCAAAUAAAGUGAAGAGCGUUGUGAUGAUUGUUUUUGACAAUGAAAAGAUCCCAACGGAGCAGCUCAAGUUCUGGAAACACUGGCAUUCCCGCCAGCCCACAGCCAAGCAGAGAGUCAUUGAUGUCGCUGACUGUAAAGAAAACUUCAACACGGUGCAGAACAUCGAGGAGUUAGCCUACAACGCGCUGUCCUUCGUGUGGAACAUCCACGAAGAAGCAAAGGUAUUUAUUGGGGUGAAUUGCUUGAGCACUGACUUCUCCUCUCAGAAGGGGGUGAAGGGCGUCCCGCUCAACCUCCAGAUAGACACUUACGACUACGGCAAUGGGACCAGCCAGCUGGUGCACCGCGCCGUCUGCCAGAUCAAGAUAUUCUGUGAUAAGGGAGCAGAGAGGAAAAUGCGGGAUGACGAAAGGAAACAGUUCAGAAGGAAAGGAAAAUGCCUGGACUCCAAUAACAAUGGUCUGAAAGGCUGUUUGCUCUCUGGCUUCAGAGGGAAUGAAAUCACGUUCCUGAGGCCGGAGACUGACCUCGAAACCCAGCCAGUCCUGUUUAUCCCCAACGUCCAUUUUUCAAACCUGCAGAGGUGUGGCACGGUUCUCCCUCCUGCUGUUCCCAACUCUGCAAACAGGCUGCCCUUAAAACGGAGUGGGGCCUCAUUCACGGACGAGUUUGACCCGAUACCUCCAAAACAGACCAAGGAAGAAGAUCCUCAGAGAGUCCUGUUGUACGUGCGGAGGGAGUCAGAGGAAGUGUUUGAUGCUCUCAUGUUGAAGACACCAGAUCUCCAGGGCCUCAGAACAGCUAUUUCAGAAAAAUAUGGGCUUCCUGAAGAAAGCAUUUACAAAGUCUACAAAAAAUGCAAAAGAGGGAUCCUGGUGAACAUGGACAACAACAUCAUCCAGCACUACAGCAACCACAUGGCCUUUCUCCUGGACAUGGUGGAAGCAGAGAACAAGUUCCAGAUCAUCCUCAAGGAGCUAUAAAGAGCCGCAGGCAGCACUUACUGGGACUUCUCUCAAAGCCGGCAAGUUUGACCCAACAGAACUCAGCCUCGUGCCUCAACUGGUUGCUUUUACUUGAAUCCCCGGCCUCUGGGGAGGGCCCCGCCUCGGGCCAGGCCGGAGACUGCUUGGAAGAUCUGUUAUCGAUGUGAACGUGGAACUUCUCUCUGUUGAGUUUAUUAUUAUUAUUAUUUUUUAUUUUAUUUUAUUUUAUUCCCUUCUGGCGAUGGGCCUGACCUCCUGUUUCACAGCUGGGAACGCGAAGCUACACUAACACGGCUGGCAGAGCUGGGCAGAGGCAGGGACGGCCGCUGCGUGCUGUCUGCCUUGGCCCGGGGCUGCUGCCACCCCGGGCUUUGGCUUUCUCCCACCCCACCAGUCACGCAGAACCUUCAAACCAUUUCCAGCUGGGCUGAGCCCGGCACUGAGCUUCUCUCUGUCCACAGAGACUUUCACAGAUGCUUUUAAAACUCCCUGUUAAACGGACACUGCCUGCUCCCCC